CUCUGUGGAGGGGUGUUGAUGACAGGAGAAAGAGGGGGAAGGCUGAGGGACACUAAUUUGGGCUUGUCCCGUUCAUUUAUCGGUAUAGAUUUUAAAUUAGAUACCAGAGGCUCGACGAGAGCCAUUGGAGAAGAAGGAUCCAGGUGAAAGGAAUUGGGGGCACGCGGGCAGCCCUUUUUGGACUGGGAUGUAUCGGAGCACCGGGCUUGGUGGGAGUCCGCAUGAUUCCUCACAAUAAGCAGGCUGUAACGAUGGUGGUGAUGCACCGCGAGCAGAGCAGCGGAUUCCUGCAGAGCUCGACACACUGCACCACAGCCCCGCAACCGAGCGCGAGCAGCUGCAGGGACAGACGCCUCCGCUUCUCCCUGUCAAACCCCCCUCAACAUAAAACCGGAUUUCCAGACCGAUGCUUGGACGCAACAAACGGAUAACCGACCACCUUCGACCCCUUCCCGCCAUUCAUUCUCCACCUCACACGGGGAAUGCGACGUGAAUUUGGCACAAAACAAAACAGCCUUGAACCGAGAUUGAGAUAUACAACACCGGUGUCUACGUGCAUGCGCCGGUUGUUUUGAUCUGUGCGACAGGACAAGACGGAGGAAAGAUGCUGGCGCGAUGCUACCGGGCCAAACUGUCGGUGUGGGCCGCUCUGUGCGUGCUGGUGCUCUGCUGGAUCUACGUUUUCCCCGAUUAUAGACUCCCCCGCGACAAAGUAAUUGUGGAGGAGGUGCUGAGACAGGGGGAUGUGUGGCAGAAGAACCAGACUGGCAUCGAUUUGUACAGGAAAAUGCUGACAGAAUGCUGCAAUCCGAAGAGGAUGUUUGCAGUGACCAAGGAGAACUCACCAAUGGGCAAAGUCCUGUGGUACGAUGGCGAGUUUUACCACUCGCGCACUGUCAACAACGACACAUACCCCCUCUUUGUCCAGGACAACCCUCUGCAACUGCCCCUGAAGAAGUGUGCAGUGGUGGGGAACGGUGGUAUCCUCAGACACAGCAAGUGUGGACAGAACAUCGACCAGGCCGACUUUGUUAUGAGGUGUAACCUUCCACCGCUCUCAAAGGAAUAUGUGGAGGAUGUAGGAACCAGGACACAUCUGGUCACUGCCAACCCCAGCAUCAUAGAGAAAAGAUUUCAGAACCUGCUGUGGUCGAGAAAAGCUUUUGUGGACAGUGUGAAGGUCUAUGGCUCGAGCUACAUCUACAUGCCAGCAUUUUCCAUGAAACCUGGCACUGACCCUUCACUGCGGGCUUAUUAUGCACUUGCAGAUACUAACUCCAGCCUCACCAUGCUCUUUGCCAACCCAGAGUUCCUGCGCAUGGUGGGCAAAUUCUGGAAAUCCCGUGGCGUGCACGCCAAACGCCUCUCCACAGGACUCUUCCUGGUCAGCUUAGCGCUGGGGCUGUGUGACGAAGUGACAGCCUACGGCUUCUGGCCGUUCUCCGACGGCCUGGACAAGCAGCCCGUCAGCCACCAUUACUAUGACAACAUCCUGCCAUAUAAAUGGUUCCACGCCAUGCCCGAGGAGUUUGUCCAGCUUUGGCACCUGCACAAAAGCGGCACACUUCGCAUGAGGGUGGGGCAAUGCCCCCCUCAUAAUGGAGGGAGUUAAAACACCUCAAGCAGUGAUAUGAGAAUGGUUUGCUAAUAUUUAGUAGGUUACAGGAUUCACAUAAAGACAUUUGGGUGGUGAAGCAGCAUGAAAUAAUGCACAUUUUUUCCUCUGAGGAUUCAUCUUUGUCCACACACUUUUCUACUGUUCUCUUAAGUUAAUUCCUUGUAGUCUUACGAAUGUCCUCCACAGAAAACCUCAGUACAUGCAGACAUGCACACACACAUAACAUAAUGUAUUCAUACAUUCCCAAAACUUGCCAUAAAUCUUGAUACCGAGUGUGCAUGUACCGUAUGUAUUUUUACAGAAAACGUCAGCUGUGUAAGGGUGUGGGGGAUGGAUACCAUAUCUGGCAGACAUAUGGAGCCGCUGGACCAAACUCCCCCUCUGGGGCUUUGUCAAACAGAGACAGAGGGAACGGAGGACUGAGGGGGAAUAAUAAAAUGCACUGAAAGACUGUCAAAUGUGAGGAACAAAGGCGAGAUAAUGGUGUCCUAGUAUCUAGCUGGUUGAACAGAAGCAGGAUUUAAUGGAGAGAGAGGAAAAAAAAAAGAAUUGCAGGGGGCAGAAUGAGUGAAAGAUGGCCGGUAUGCAUAUGAAAAGAUCUUUCCCCGCUUUUAUUUUCUUUCAACCCAGCGCUUGAUGGGCAUUCUUUGUGAUGCCAAACAGAGCUUUAGCUCAAAGCAGGAGCCAUUACAAAUGGAGUCUUAAGAACUACAUCUCUUAGAAUGUUUAGCCAAGUUGCAUUUUAACCCUUUACUGAAAGGGAAAACGAGUACACUCCAGUGUCUAUAUGUUUUGUUUGUUUUUUGUUUGCCAAAUGUGAUUGUUGUUCAGGCUUAAUGUGAAUUCUGUUUUCGGUUCAUCGCCAAGGGAGGAAGCUUUGUUGGACAAAAGAAUUAGAGAUGAACACUUGCUGCACAGAGGUACCUCACUUUUUAAUCAACUCUCCUCAUCGACUAAAACCGGAGCACAUGAUUUAGUUUCUUAGUUUAAAACACACCCUAACCCACUUCUUUAGAGAGCUUGCGGGAAGUCAUCUCAUUGUAACUGUACUAUAGUUGUCAAGUGCCAAGCCAAGAGAACAGUGGUCUCUUUGAUACAGUCUGCGCCAUGCUUGUGCUUCUUGUGCUCUGAAAUGAAGAGAUACUGAUAGAAAGAGGAGUAGUGACAGACUGAGAGGACUCCAUGCCACAAAGUGGCAUUUCAAUCACUUUUUUUUAUUAGGUUCUGGACCCUUUAUUUAGGAUUUUCUUUUUUUCUGUGCAGUUAUUGAUAUUUCUUUGCAUCAGAACACAGUAAUAACUGAGCCUCUGUCCUGCACUCCAUUUACUAUUGUGUGUUCUGUUUUUAUUCACUGUUUGUUUGCACAAGGGGAAAAUAACUUUCUCAUGCAGAAGAAAAGAUAACCGACAAUGUUUUUUUUUGUUGUUGUUUUUUGUUUUUGUACUUGUAAGCCUUGCUGAUGGGAAUCAACAAAUUAUUUGAAGAUGUUCUUUCUUAGAAAUGCUGUUUGAGAGUGAGAAAUGUCAUCAUUCCAUAAAGAUGGCUCUGCAUGGGAACUGCAUGGAUUGUACCGCAAUCCUUAAGGCCAAUUCCCACCGGGUGCGUGUGCGCCACGGCCUCCGCAGCUAUUCGCGGCCAUUUUAGUCAGUGGUUGGUAAAUUUCAAAUAAAACCUCCCUUGCAGAUUUGCGCUCCCUGAACUAUGUAAACAUUACAUCAUUAAUCGGUCACAGUGUCUCAGUGUUUUGUUUUGUUUUGUUUUUUUUUCAUCAUGGACGUCGAGACGUUUAUCUCUUGUGGUUUUGUGAUCUUGCGGACCCAGCUAGGCGGGCUGCACUUCAGCGUUUGACACGCUCCCAGUGUGAUUUGACCCACUGCGGAGGUCGGAACGAAUCCACGGCACAGCCAGAACGAGACGUACACGGACCCAGUGGAAAUUGUGGGAUAAAUUCAAAGUAUGAAACAUGUUAAUAUGUUAGUGCUUUAUGUAUUUAUCCACUUUGUUUAACUGAAAGAGCUCCAGUGCCUUUCACAUAUGUUAAAGUAGAAUUCUGGGUUAUUUAAACUUAGAUUUCCCAUUAAUGUGACUAUUGUGGCUCAAUGGGCAAUGCUAACUUUGUACUCUUCACCUUUGUUGUGGGGAAUCAGCAUGCUAGCAGCACUCAUGAAAACAAUAUGAUCUAAAUAGAAAUCCAUUUUAGUAAGGCCAAACAUAAUACAAAUGUUUUAUCAGCAUUUGGUUUUUCCAUGUGGUUUAUUUUCUGGUUCUGUACGUUCAUGCACUUUAGUUUGUUUGCAUCUUUAAAUCAGACUUUCAUGACAUUUAGCAAAGUGUUAGGUCAUUUCACGUUUAGGUACAUAGAUGAAUAAAACACCCAAGUACAAGGUGAGACUUGAAGGAAAGUGACUGGAAAAACUAAACGACUAUCUAACGGGCCUUUUGGAACCUGAUGGCUCUUCUUUACUUAUUGCACAUCAAAGAGAAACACUACUACAACAGAAGAGUGGGACCUGUAGAUCCCAAACUUGGAAAUUGUUGAUGCAGUCAUAUUAGAGAAAUUCCACAAUAACCUUUGCUGUAUACUGUUUAGAUUAUGUUGGUUGUAACAAACACACGUUUCAUCUUGCUAUUUCACUCUCAGAUGUGAAUCUAAUCCAUCUGGCUGUAUUUCACCAGCAGAUUUCACAGCUGUGGUGCCUGCAAACCUCAACUAAUAUUGAAAAUAAUGUCAUAAAAUAAAUGCAAACAAAAGGCUAUCUAAUUAAAACGUGCCACCGUUUCAUGCCAACAUCCUGCAUGUUUCUUCCUCCUCAACAUGAGCUGAAUGAUAAACAAACAAGACAGACGAGGUCCGCUCCUUUACCAUCAGCCGGGCGGUGACCUAGGGAGAAGUAAUGAGAAGUAGCAAAGGGCAAACAAAAGAAGCAUGGAUCUUUCAGGACAAAAUAAAUCAUAAAAAAAUUAAAAAAUUUAAUAAUAAAGCCACAAUUUUGUAUGCAUUUCCUUCAGAUCGUAGUCUAAAAAGUGUCAAUUGGAGGUCUGUUAACAAAUGAGGACAAUUAGUUGUAUUGGAACAGAACUUUGCUGUCUAGAGCUGAAAAGAAUCAUAAAAUCAGCAGAGGAAUCAUAUUAUUGCAAAGUUAUCUUCUGAACUUAAAUAAAGGCCAAACAUCAACAUUAUUUAUCAAGCUGGAACAUUUUCAUUUUAUCUGCAAACAAAAAGGGCCCUUAACAGUAUCCGGUCCACAGACACACACUCUGCCCAGACUUUAGAUGAAAACUGUUCACGUAAAAAUCUGCUAUGUUUCUGAUACUGAAUGGAUUUCUAGCUGUUCACAUGCUGUUUUAUUAAUUUAUUUUCCAAGAUCUGUGCAAAUGGAACUGAAGAGUACAAAGUUGCCCCAUAAAGCUUUAAUAGCCAGAUAUGUGGGAAAUAAAUUUCUGUUUUAAAGUGAAUAGAUUCAGUCAAGUGGAUUACCUCAUCAUCUGUGUUGGACAAUAUGUGAUAUAUUAAUAAGCCAUGUCAUUAUGUAAAAUUAAUCUCAAUGUGAGUUACACCAAGUUAUGUCACAGAAUUGAAAAUACGCCCAGUCCAAAUACACAUGUUGCUGGGAAAAGACUGGGAAAUUUACUUAAUGAGCAAUUCAACCAAUAUGUCUUGCUACUCACUCAACUUUUUGUUGUCAUGUGUCUUAUUUGCACCUUUUGUUGUCUUCUACCCAGUAUUGUGAAUGAAUGACAUGUGAUAGUGUGAAUUUUGAAUAAGCAUGAAGAUUUUUAAAUGUGUAUGUACUUUUGUUAGAGUUUUAAAAAUCUAUUUUAACUAUGUUUUUACUCCCGUUCCAUGCUGUCUGAGUGAUCAGAGCAAGUCAAAAGAAGCACUGUAAAGCUGAGAUUUCUUGUGGAAAGUGAAGUGGAUGUGUAAAGUAAAUUUUGGUCUGUUGGCAAAAUUACCAAUUAGUUUUAGACCUUUAGUUUAAAAGAAAAAAAAUACAGAUUUUAUUUCAGUGUGCUCAAGUCCAAAUAGAAACCAGGUGUGCUAUUCUGCAUCCUGCACAGCUUUCUAUCACGUUAGUGAUUGAAGAUAACUCAACCUAUUACUGACAGGUUGCUGCAGGACACUAAUGAACAAUAUCAGCAGCAAUUACAAUGCAGGUAGUGUAUAAACAAUGUUUUUUAACUUUACUGUCACAGAUUUUGUCCCCAGUGUAAAUAGAAACAGUUAAAUUACUAACAGACAUGACUAACAUUUUGUGCUUUAGAACAACUUCAUAAUUGCAGUGCUAGAAGCCUUAAAUUAUGAUACCUUUGCCUUUUUCCCCUUGCAUGUAGUGGCCACACACAGUCAAUAUAUGACCCUGAGGAACUGAUUGAGUUUUGUUGAAUGCUCUUAAACCUUUAUUUACUAUUAGCUAGUUAACAAGGAUUAGCAUUAAUGUCUGUUAAACAAAAGAAAUCAUAGCUCUAGUUGUGUCUUAAGAUCCCUGCCACUCAGUAUUCCUCAGUUACUUGUCAGAGCAAAGCAGGCACACUUCUUUUCCUAACAUGUAAAAACAGACUGAAUGAAGCUUGAAAAAUUUGCACAGUAGAGUCUAAAGUCUGCAUUUUAUAUGAUAGCCAGCAGGGAAGGAUUCUGACUGCAAAGAAAACAAUGACUUUACUAGGAACUCAAUCUGCGGUUUCAGACAGUAUUCAUCUCAGCCUCCCAUUGGCUUCCAGACGGACCCACAACUACCUUAAAUUUCUGGUUUCAAAAGAGCAAAGCAGCUGCAGCCAAAGGCUGCCAGACACGAACCCACAAACCAAUGGGUGAAAUGAAGGUAGGCUGAAUUUUUGGCCAGUAUUGUGAGUUAAAAUCUGUGUUGGUAAAGACCAUUUUUAGGUUCAUUUGUUUGCACAAACACAAAUAUUAGAACCAUGGUAUAUAACUGUCUUAAAAAAAUUACAAUAAGACUGACUUAAAUAUGCCUAUUUGAUUUCUGCUUUUUAUGCAUUUACAUUAAAGCAUAACUUGUUAACUUUGUGAAAAAUGGUGGACUUGGAAAGAAUAAUAAAGACAAUUUGGAGCUUCAUCCACCUUCGUCUCUGCUUCGGCUCUGCCUCCAACAGAUCUGCAUAGGAGUCUUGUCGUGUACACAAAGACAGUAGAGGAAUGUUUUAUACUGGCACGUUAAAUACUAACAGUUAAAUCAGUAGCAUGAGGAGGAGACUGUCUCAUAUGCUUCAGCAAUCCUGCCAGUUUUUAAUGCUAGGCUAAGCUACAAUAAUAGGUCAUAGUCUGUCCUUAAAAUAUGUAGAAAAGACAACUUUACCAAGCAGUUGAACUACAUUUAAAUUUGAUCUGAAAAGAAAAAGUCUAACUAUGUCUAUGUCUAACAAACCCAUGUAGACAUUAGGUUUUACAUUUAGGCUAUGAUCGUGAACACGUACAUGUGAUUUUUAAAACAUCAAAAAAUUCCUUUAAAGCUUCCAGCAUGAAGUUUGUGAAAGUUGAAAGUGGAAAAGGAGAAAUCAGCAUGAGGAUGUCAAGACAACUGUAGCAUUGUCUGGUUUUUCCUGUCUCAAGCCAACUGCUUACAUAUAUCAAGCUACAGCAUGUGGGUUCGGGGCAACCAAGUCUGGUCAUGGAAAGAUUGCAAUUCAGAAUGAAACCUGCCUCUUUGUACAGAAUGUGUCAAGCUAUUAAUUCUGUAACCUUGUCGCAUCUCAUGAUAGUGUCAAAUUGCUCAUGGUAGCUUUAAAUAUUAAAAUGUCUCAAAUGUCCCAGCAGUUAAUAAUCAAGCAUACUGUGAAUUGUCUUGUAUUAACUAAUCCUCUGACUAACAUGGUAAUAACCUGGUAAAUUUUUGUCAUGGUGCUGCAGUAAAUGAAGUUAGACAAACAAUAAAUCACAUGUAAAUAUG